UAAUACCCCGCCACAAGCCCAAAGACCGAAUCAGUUGGGCGCCAGGCUCUGACGUCGUUUUUGGUUGGGAGCGUCACCGCCAAAUCAACCACCUGGGCAGCAUCUGUAUUGUUGACAUCUCUCCGCCUGCGGUUUCCGAACUUUUUUCAAGUCUGCUCUGCAUUGUAGUGUUGAACUCGAGCAUUCACUCCGCCCUACAGACCGAAGCCGGACAUAGCGUCCUGUCGACCAGAGGAAUCAUCAGAGGCAUCCCGUUACAUCGUCACCCUUAGAUCCUUUUGAGACCUCCCUACCCCUCAACUCUACACGAGCAACCGCUGCCCUUUGUUCGAGGAAAGAGAGAGGAGGUCAUUCGCCGUGUUACAGUCUUGAACGUUGAAAGAUGCCUUCCGCCGCUUUCCAAAAGGCCGCCGAAGAGAGCCGUCAGCUCAAGGCCAAGCCCAGCAACGAGGAGCUAUUGGAGCUCUACGCACUCUUCAAAGUCGCCAAUGGCGAGGACAUCUCCAAGGCCCCCGCUCCAGGAAUGUUUGAUCUAAAGGGCAAAGCGAAGCACAAGGCCUGGCAGAAGGAGGUCGACGCCGGCACCACCGCCGAGGCCGCCGAGGACCGUUAUAUCAAGCUCGUCGAGAGUCUCAAGACAAAGUACGGCUUUGAUCCAAGUAAAGUGCCCGAGGCAGUCGGUGGUAAUUAGAAGGGGCACGAGAGAUUUGGGAUGGGGACAUGUCAUGGAAGGGGGGCGGGCUGGAAGCGCCAGUCUGAGGUUGUCGUGAUUCCGGCUAGCACUCCUUCCCAAACACCACUUUCCUCUCCGUGACGGCAAUGAUGCCGACUUUGGCUGCAUUGUGUGGAUUUCGGUCGGAGGGGGUCAAUCGUCGCGAGCAAUGGGCAUACGGGUACAGGAGAGCAUAGAGGUUUAUCCUCACAAUACACGCUGAUCAUCUUACUCGGUCUCUGCGCCAUGUUUCUUCUCAUCGCCCUCGCCCUCGUCCUCGUCUGUUUCAUCUUCGUCCUCGGUGAUCUCCUGUCCCGCAAACAUCAUCCACUGCCCUCCCAGGACGCUCUUCCGCCACACCUUGGUCACCCCGUCGCUGCCGGUGCUCAUGAGGACCUGGCCCUGC